AUGGCGAAAAGCCUCGACCAAAUGUUCACCAUCAUGCAGUUGAUGGGAAAUGAUACGAGUACAGAAGCGUCCACCUCAAAUUCCGAUGACGUUCCGUUGUACGAUGCUGACCCUGCUGAUGUGAACGCUACGCUCCUAUCGACGGAACCCCCAGCCAACCGGCCGAACCUGCAAAUCGACUGGAUCCCGCCACAGGUCCAGGAAUUCUGGGAGCGCUUUAUGGGCAUUUCCGGCCACGAAUGGAUCAUUUUCGGGAUGAUCGCCGUGGUAGUGGCCCUGCUCUUGGCGCUGGCCGCCGGGAUUUGCUGCUGGAUCUACAAGCACAAAAAACGCGUAAUCCAGCCGCCCGACGAGCCAAUCGUCGCCGAUUAUGAGGACGGGCUUGGCUGGGGAAGAUGCCUACCCUGCUGCCGAGGGCGAAAAUCGAGCGGCAACUGGGAACGCCAGAAUUCUUCUUCGAACCUUGCCCCCUACCGUAGACCGCCACUCCCACCCAUUGUCGGCGAGGACCCGAAUAAAGAUGGCUACACGGGCUCCUAUCUGCCAGCCGCCAACCGGCUGCCCCCCAUCCAACCCCGACUCGUCCAUAUCGACCCGGAUGACCCGAGGAUGGGCGCAAAUAUUUCAGGAAUCCGCGAUGUUCCGAACACUCCUGCUCCCCCGGGCCCUCACAGACCAUUGCCGCUCCUUGAAAAGUUU